AUGAAGCACGGCAGCCGAAGCGAAGCCACCCGCGGAGACAUCCGCAGCUACAUUCACAAGGCGGGGGAAAAGAAUCUGUACCGAAUAAAAAAGGGGCUGGUCCCAAACAUGAACGUAGAGGGACACAUGUACGUGAAUGAUAAGUUGAAGCACCUCAUAGACGAUGAAAUAGAGACGUACCAGCUGAACAGCAACUCAACAUUCCUCCCAGCAGUUAUUCAGAUAGCAAAUGUAUCGACCCUGCCAGGCAUCGUAAAGGCAUCCAUAGCCUUACCAGAUGUACACGCAGGGUACGGAUUCUCCAUAGGAAACGUGGCAGCAUUCGACAUGAGCAAUGAGAAGGCGAUUAUCUCCCCUGGAGGAGUAGGAUUUGACAUAAACUGUGGAGUGAGGUUAAUUAGAACAAACCUGUUUUAUGAAGACAUAAAGGAUAAGCAAGAGCAAUUAACGCAGCUCCUUUUUAAUAACAUUCCAGUGGGGGUAGGAUCACAAGGAUGUAUAUUAUGUAAUCAAGACAAACUCGAUGAAGCUCUCUGCUUAGGAAUGGACUGGUGUAUCAAAGAAGGAUACGCAUGGGUAGAGGAUAAGUCAAACUGUGAAGAUAAUGGAAGGAGCUUAUAUGCUGAUAGUAACUACGUAUCUGUGAGAGCUAAAAAACGAGGGAUAACACAGAUGGGGACGUUAGGAGCUGGCAACCACUACGCUGAGAUUCAAAUUGUCGAUGAAAUAUACGACAAGAGGAGUGCCAAACUGAUGGGGAUCGAAAAAAAGAACCAAGUCUGUAUAAUGAUUCACUCAGGAAGUAGAGGGCUGGGUCAUCAAAUUGCUACGGAUGCUCUAAUCGAGAUGGAGAAAAGCAUGACAAAGUAUAAACUAGAUGUAAUCGAUAAACAGUUAGCUUGUACUCCUAUCCACUCCAAGGAAGGAAAGAAUUAUCUCAAAGCUAUGGGUUCGGCUUGUAAUUUUGCCUGGAUUAAUAGAUCUUCCAUGACAUUCUUAGCUAGACAGACUUUCGCAAAAAUCUUUGAUCAAUCACCAGACGACUUAGACAUGCAUGUGAUAUAUGACGUGUCACAUAACAUUGCCAAAAUUGAGGAUCAUCUCGUCGAUGGAAAGAGAAAAAAAUUGUUAGUUCACAGAAAAGGGUCAACGAGGGCCUUUCCUCCGUUCCACCCGGCAGUCCCUUUAGAUUACCAAUACUGUGGACAACCCAUUCUCAUUGGAGGAACCAUGGGUACCUACUCCUACGUCCUUACUGGUACGGACAAAGCUAUGGAGACCACUUUCGGGUCUACUUGUCACGGGGCUGGACGCGCACUAAGUCGAAACAAAAGCAGAAACACACUAAACUAUGUCGACGUUCUGCAAAAAAUGAAAGACGAAAAUAUCUCCAUCCGAGUCGCCUCCCCAAAGUUAAUUAUGGAGGAGGCCCCCGAGUCGUACAAGAACGUCUCCGAGGUGGUCAAUACGUGCCAUGACGCGGGGAUAUCCGCCAAGUGCUUUCGCCUCAAGCCGGUGGCAGUGAUAAAGGGGUGA